CCCGGCGGCUCCGCCCGCAGCGACGGCGGGCCCCGGGGUGCAGGUGCCUCCGCCCGCCGCCUCCCCGCGCGCCCGCCCCGCACCGGGCCGCCCACCGCCCCGCCAAAUGCAGGCCGCCGCCGUCCUCCCCGAGGAGAUCCGCUGGCUCCUGGCAGAUGCUGAGGAGUUUCUGGCGGAAGAUUUGAGGAAUGAGAACCUCAGUGCUAUUGCAAGGGACCACAGAGACCAUAUUCUUCGGGGUUUUCAGCAAAUAAAAACUAGGUACUACUGGGAUUUUCAGCCCCAAGGGGGAGACCAAGCUGAAAAUUACCUUGGACAGGACAGCUCCGAUGAUAAUCACAGUGGAAUUCAUGGCCCUUCUCUCACCUCAGAUGCACCUUUUUUGCCAGAUUAUCAGGAUGAGGGAAUGGAAGACUUCCCAAGAGGAGCUCAAGAGCUUGAUAACAUCAUCAAGCAAGGAUACUUGGAGAAGAAAAGUAAAGAUCCCAGUUUCUUUGGAUCGGAGUGGCAGAAGAGAUGGUGUGUUGUCAGCAGAGGCCUCUUCUGCUACUACGCUAAUGAGAAAAGCAAGCAGCCCAAAGGGACCUUUCUCAUUAAGGGCUACAGCGUACGGCUGGCCCCCUACCUGCGAAAAGACUCCAAGAAAGAAUCCUGCUUUGAACUGACCUCCCAGGAUAGGCGCAGCUAUGAGUUUACAGCUACUAAUCCUGCUGAAGCCAGAGACUGGGUGGAUCAAAUAAGUUUCUUGUUAAAGGAUCUGAGUUCCUUAACCAUUCCAUGUGAAGAGGAGGAAGAGGAGGAGGGAGAGGACGAGAUGUAUGAUGAUAUCGAUGGCCUCGACUCCCAAAAUUCUGGUCCCCAGCGCAGACCCAUUAUCUUGCCUGGGAGUCUAGGACUAAAACAGCCCUCAGAGGAGAAAGAAGAAGAAGAAGAAGAUAUUUACGAAGUCUUACCAGAUGAAGAUCUCGACCUAGAAGAGGAUGAGAGUGGCACUGGACAAAAAAGAGUGGACUAUGCCAGUUAUUACCAGGGCUUAUGGGAUUGCCAUGGUGACCAGCCAGACGAACUGUCCUUCCAGCGGGGUGACCUCAUCCGCAUUCUGAGCAAGGAGCAUAACAUGUAUGGCUGGUGGGUAGGAGAACUGAACAGCCUCAUUGGGAUUGUUCCAAAGGAGUACCUCACAACUGCCUUUGAAGUAGAAGAAAGAUGAAGCCCAGGACAUGUAUCCUUCUCUCUAGCCUGCCUUUAUGAAGAAACUGAUCAUCAAGAACUCCCACUUCCCACCUCUGCUACCCCACCAACACCCACGUCUCU